AUGAACUCUCUAGAACGUGAGAGACUUUCAGUGAUAGAGAAGGGGACUGUAGGAAGUUUGAAAUCACUGUUAAGAAAAUAUGCAGUGAAUGUGACUCUGGAUCCUGAUUCAGCUCAUCCACAUCUCAUUGUGUCUGAUGAUGGGAAACAAGUGAGAUAUGAAGAACAAUCAGUGAAGGAUGGAGAUCAGAAGUCAAAUAACAAGUUUGAUGAAGAGCUAUGUGUUCUUGGAAAUGAAGGAUUCACCUCAGGGUGUUUUUACUAUGAGGUGGGGGUGAAGGGAUUAAGUGUUUGGGUUGUGGGUGUGGCCAGAGAAUCUGUUGAGAGGAAGGGGGGGAUCCUGCUGAAUCCUGAGAGUGGAUUCUGGAUGGCUGGUUUGAGAGACGGAGAGUAUCAGGCUAGUGAGGGUUUAUCAUCUGUCUCUCUUUCCCUGAGUGUGGCGCCUCAGAGAGUUGGGGUGUUUGUGGAUUAUGAGGAGGGUCGAGUCUCUUUUUAUGAUGUGGAGUCUAUGUGUCAUAUCUACACUUUUACUGAUCAAUUUUUUAAUGAGACCUUAUAUCCUGUUUUGUCUUUAAGUUAUGUUUAUUUUAAAAACUCCUCAAAAGCACCACUCAUCAUCUGCAGUGAUCUCUAAUGAAAUCUGAUAAAUAUCUGAUCUAAAAAUAUAAAUCCUCUCUAAAUCAAACCCAUUAGAAGAGACUCAAUUGUAAAGGUAUUAUACACAGUUAUGUGUGUAAUUUUAAUGAACAUAUAUAACAUAUGUAUACGUGUGAUGCUGUAUAUCAAGCCAAACACAUGAAUUACAAUCACUAGUUGUGUCAUUCACACCAGACUUUAUCUCAUUUGUUCUAAUGGCCACCAAACUGUUGUGGUUUUAUGUUCAAUAUAUGUGAUCCAGUCUUUGAAAACUCAACUAAAGUCAUUGAAUUAAUGUCUUUAAAACUGCAGUGGAAAGAUUUGUUAGCUGUUGUGAUAAGAAUACUUUCAGAUUAAUGUUAUUAAAACUGAGUAGGUCAUCACAGACCCCAGAUCAGUGGGGUACAGGAGCUCUGUUGUUGUUCCCAGUCAGGACAUUAAUCAGGUUUAAUUUAGGGGUCCACAUCAACAGCAAGCUUCAGUGGCAUAAACAUGUGUCAAGUGUUUGUAUACAAGAGUUCAUGAGUGUCUACACUUUUAAUUAUGAUUAUUUAUUAGAGAGCAGUAAUGUUAUGUAUAUAUUUUAUAAAGAUACAAUAGAGUUUAUUUUGUGAUCUGAAAGUAUUGUCUGGUUUGGGAGUCUAAUGUUUAAAAUAAAAACUCAAAUAAAUAAUCUGUUGAAUGUCAGGGAAAAUCAUUAAAAAACAAAAGCUCAGUUUCUUAUAAGAUAUUUUUGAGCAGUCCACACAUAAAGCAGAUUCAUAAGAUCUUUUAAACUCUUUACAGGUGUUAAACUCUCAGUGAUGUGUAAGAAAUUUCAAGGUCCUGCUAUGUAGAAAAAAAUCAAUAUAAAUAUUCAUUAAUUUCACCGUAACACUGAUAAUAGACUUACUGUAACUCAUGUAACUAAAGGCUGUGUGUUUUAUAUUUGAUCUUUUAGCAAUGCUUUAUGACGGUAUUGUUUUUUUAAGGAAUGUGAUGCUGAUGUAUGUGUGAUGAUAGGAUAAUGUUUGUAUGAUGUCUGUAUGUUUUGAGGUUUUUUUUGCAGCAGUUUUUCUCUUAUCUAAAAUACAAUUCUCUUGUGGAAAACAAUAAUGACACCUUGACCUUGGAGUGUAAAAACAUCAUCCAGUUGGGUGUAGUUUAGAUUCUGGAUUGAGCACAUUGAGAAAGGUUUAGAGUGUUGUUCCUUACCUGUUUGAUUCAUUAAAGGCAUUAAAAACAGCUGCAUAACCAUCAUGACAACACUAUAGAGCCUCUGUAUAAAGUAAAUUUUAUCUAAAGUGUAGUGAUCGUCACAAAGCACACCAAUUGUGUCGUACACAAAACACUAGAGGUGUUAUUAGUUUUGGUCACGUUAACUCAUUGUGUGUGUGUUGAACUCACUGAAUGGGUUAAAUGAAGAGGUCACAUUCCAACUAUGGGUUAAAUUGGCCAUUCUGAGCCUUUAACUUAUGUAGGAUGAUUUUAUGUAGAAAACAGUAAAUCACAAAAAAAAAAUUGCUGGUCUUUUGCAGAUUGGGUCAAAACAUUUCAGUAUUUAAAUUUUUUACCAUUUGAUACAAAUCUCUUUCUAUUUUCUUUUCGCUAUUCCAAUUAAAAAACUAAUCAUGUUACCUGAGCUUUUGUGUCAAUUUUUCCACAUAAUGAUGUGCAACACUUCAAAGCUUAA